AUGGCAUCGGCCAUCUCUGGCGCAUUCGCGGCCCGCAAGUUCAGUAUUAAUCGUAACACUGGCGUCCCUCGACCUGCGCGUCGUUUCUCGAGUGUCGAGCCUGGUUUGAACGAGGCUAGCAGCAAGAUACAUAGGCAGUUCCGAGCUGCCCAUGAAGGACAUCUUCCCCAUGCCGGCCUAGACGCCACCCGCUCCUCAACCGGUGUAGUGUGGUGUACCGAGCGUGCUGGAGAGCAUGGCUUCUUUGAGGAGCCCGAAAAGUGGGCAAACCUUGGCCAGGGCGCCCCUGAGGUCGAAGAUGACAUCGAGGGCUGCUUCGCCCGGCCAAAGACCAUCGAUGUCAGCAUGAGCGGUCGCGAGUACGGCCCGACUGCCGGAAUCAAGCCCCUGAGAGAGGCCGUUGCCCAUCUAUACAACGAAAUGCAUCGCCAGGGCAAGUCCAGCAAGUACACGUGGGAGAAUGUCGCGAUUGUGCCGGGAGGCCGCGCCGGCCUGAUCCGCAUCGCCGCUGUCCUGAACAACGCCUAUGUGGGCUUCUUUAUCCCCGACUAUACAGGCAUCCGGCUAGCGUACAAUGAAAUGCUCUCGCUGUUCAAAAACUUUGCAGCCAUUCCCGUCCCCCUGUCUGAAGAAGACGGAUACCACAUUCACCCGGAAAAGAUUGCCGAGGAGAUCGCCCGAGGCACCGGCGUCAUCAUCACGUCGAACCCGCGCAACCCUACCGGCCGCGUCGUCGCCAACCCGGAACUGGCCGAGAUUCAGGACAUAUGCCGCGAGCGAGCCACCCUCGUGAGCGACGAGUUCUACUCGGGCUACAACUACACCAGCAAUUGCAACGGUUCGACCAUUAGCGCCGCCGAGAACAUCAUUGAUGUCGACGAGGACGACGUCCUCAUCAUCGACGGCUUGACCAAGCGCUUUAGAUUGCCCGGCUGGCGUGUGGCUUGGAUUAUUGGACCAAAGGAGUUUAUCAAGGCCAUCGGAUCUUGCGGCUCCUACCUCGACGGCGGCACCAACGUGCCCUUCCAGGAGGCUGCUGUUCCGAUGCUCGAGCCCUCGCUCGUCCAGAAGGAGAUGGUGGCGCUGCAGACGCAUUUCCGCGAAAAGCGCGACUACGUGGUCGAGCGCCUGCGCAAGAUGGGCUUCGUCAUCCGCUUCGUGCCCGACUCGACCUUCUACCUGUGGCUCAACCUCGAGGGCCUGCCGGGUCCCAUUUCCGACGGCCUCAACUUCUUCCAGGCCUGCCUCGAGGAGAAGGUCAUUGUCGUCCCCGGCAUCUUCUUCGACCUCAACCCCGCCCGCCGCCGCGACCUCUUCGACAGCCCCUGCCACCACUUUGUCCGCUUCUCGUACGGCCCGCGCAUGGACACGCUCAAGAUGGGCUGCGACGGCAUUGAGCGCGUCCUCAACAAGUGGGUCCUCUAG